UGCUACAGAGUCUGCUGGAGCUGUUAACCUUCCGUUAUUCUAGGACCAGCAUUUCUUAUUGAUGUUAUACUGCCGGUUAUGUAGCAUUACGGGCUAUUCGUUAUACUGCAACUUAAAAUAGUCCAUUAUGUGAUUUGGAAUCUUAGGUUGUUUAAUACAUUAGUACAAUUUAUGAACUUUAAACGGGAAUUCUGAUCUUUAUGUUGUCUGGUAACUAAUAUUAAACACGACAGAGUCUUCGUUUAACUUGCAUGAUAAACUGGGGGAAGAGCUUUCACGUACUGGUUUUACUUACUAUGCCUUACUGGUGCUGAUGAGCAUUGAAUUACACCCACUGCGAACCCGUCGGAUUAGAGGUGGCAGCUGGGCUUCGCUCGCUUUCUUCUUUAAUGAUCGUCUAUAGUGAAACAUUUUCCAGGAGAAGCUUAUUAGACCAUGGCGAUUGAUUGCACGUCAGUGAGAUUAAGGCAUGUGUUCGUUUGGUGUGCAAUAGCGUCUCACUUCAUCUUGGUGACAGCCUGUAACAGUGCUUACCAAGAUGCCAUUGACGAAUUCUGCCUGACUAAGUUCAAGCUGGACAUGGAGGCCCUGGACUCUCACUACUGGUGCAGCUGGGACAACACUAUACAGACCUACAGAGAACUGACAAACUGCACCUUCAUGAUUGCACUGAAGAUGAAUUGCUUUUGGCCCAAUUGGCCGGUGGAGGAAUUCUUUGUAGGAAUUCACCGGAAAUACUUCCAAAACUGCUCCUUGACAGGGCGCCUGCCUGAGGACCCUCCUAAACACAUAUUGGGCCCGUUUAUUGUGGUACCCAUCCUAGUUACACUCCUUAUGACAUCCCUGGUGGUAUGGAGGAGCAAGCACAGUGAGGGCAUUGUGUAGGUCACCACCGGGGCUAUACAAGCAGUGCAGAAGCAAUGAUGGACACCAAGAAAGCUUAAAGUAUGGAACUUGGAAUAACAAUCCAAAUCACAAAUGGAGUCAGAAUUCACAAAAGGGGAUCAUUAUAACAAAAUGACUAUUACUGGCUUAUUUUCAACCUUUUCAAACACCUCAAUAGAUGGGGAUAAUAUUAUAAUAUUGUGUAAAAAUAUAAAUGUCUUUCUGAUGGGACAACCUGCAAAAUGAUAAGCAAUGUUGUAAGGACAGCCAAGCUUGCUUGGCUAAUAUUUGGUCUUUGGAUGCUGCAAUAUCUGUAAUAUUUAUGAGCACUGGGUUGUACUCAGUUUAUGAAGAAUGACAUUUAUAUUAUAUAUAUACAUUUUUAUGUUUGUAUAUGAGAUCUUAGGUGUAAGUCAUAGUCUCAAGAUACAUAUCUAUACUGUACAAAAUAAAAGUAUUUCAAUUUUUAAUAACAGGAGACCAGGACUCAACCACAGGCAAUAAGCUUUGGGCGGCAUGUAUUCCCCUAAUUGAUUCUAGUCCAUUACAAUUCUGAGUCGAUCUAGCUAUGCAGUUUUACCACUGAAAUCUUAAUAUUAAUAAUAAUUAAGGUAAAAAUGAAUGUGGAUUUUACUCAAAGAACAAGUUAUAUAACUUACAAUGUGUUUUGUUUCCUACCAACUAUCCAAAAAGUAUGGGCACGCAAUGUUAAUGUUAAUGUUACAAGAAGGUGGAGUCUUGGAACAACUAAUGAGGAUUUGCUAGGAAAUACUGCAUGCUUACUCAGUACAUUUAAGUACUGCAAAUCAUCCACAUGUUAAAAAUUAAUUCAAAAAGGUAAAAAUAUAAUUUUUACUCAGCACCCACCCCCCCAAGCCCAUGUCCAUGCCUGCUUGCUGGACAGCUAGAUGAACAUCUCUUUGGUUCCCAAACCUCAGCCAUUCCCAUUAAAUUUCAGGCAGCUCUCUUAAUUAAUUAACUUAAUUAGUUAAUUAAGUAACUCAAUGAGGUAUUGAUUGGCUGAACAAAGUAGGGUAGUGGUCAAGUCAAGAAAACACUGGUGUAUUGGACAGUUGCUGCAAAUACUGGGAUGAUUUUUGAAGAGGGUUUUGACAUGGCAAAGCUGACACACUGACACUUAGACAGACAUAAUAUCAUAGUUUUGCACCAAAAUAAUUUUAUUAUCAUCAAAAUAUAGUGGUUGGUAUUUUCAUUUGUCUUGUAUAUUUAGUAAUUUUACUGGAGGAAGAUAUUGCACUUAAAUACGAUCUAAGUAUGAAAAAGCUUCAAGUAUUUCCUAAGAUAUUAAUUACUAGAUUGGAGUCAAAAAGCUUCAUGAUCUGUUCCCACAUGCCAGUCUAAUUGCUUUAUUUCUGUUUCUCAUAAGUGCUCAGCUAAGUCUGUCCCAGAAGACCAUUGUGGACAAUGCCCUUGCUCAUUUAGUGACAUUACACCGACACACUGCUGCUAAUGAAAGAACACAAUAUAACACGCAUCUCUCUAGCUAAGAGGCCUUUGUCAGAUUUUCUGUUAAGGGGUUUAAGGGGACAAUGGUUUACAAGGACAACGGGCAGGUUCCUAGCUAUUUCUUCCAUAUGAUCCAAUAGCUGUUGCUGUAUCUAUUUAGCCGCAUCCAAAUUCAGUACUCUCAUUCCUCGCAUGUCCUGAUCGUGUGGAGUUUGAUAUGUCCCUUGAUCAACAAGGGAGGCACUUGUGUUUCACUUCUUUAACCAGUCACAAUCUUCAUCAUAUGACAUCAUCACACUAAUUAAAACCAGUGUUUUCUGUUAUACGGCAAAAUGCACAGUUUUCUAAAGUACCUGUUUUAUUGUGCAUGCCCUUUAUUAAGGACAUGUAAUGGAUAAGUAAGGGAUAAUGUACAGGCAGCCGGUAGUUA